AUGGUAUUCAAGGCGAACCCGUUAGCUCUAAGCGUACCUGAACCCGCUUUCGAGUCCUGGCUCCGAGACUCCGGCUACCUCGAAAUCCUCGACCAGCGCACCUCCGACCUCCACCGCCUCUCCGCCGCCGAUUCCACUUUCGAGCUCCGUAAUUCCGCCGCUGACUCCACCACGACUUCGAUCAUAUGUAGCGGCUUCUUCGUAUCACUCUUCUCCCGCAUUUGGACCCUUCUCUCGCUCAUUACUUUCAACCCCUUCUCCAAGCUCGUCGCCGAGGACUUCUCCGGUGACACGCCUUCUUGGACCCUCGCGUUUUUCGGCUCCUCUGAUUCUUACUCCUUCCCUUCUUCUCCUUCCCAGGCUCGUCUCCGUGUCCACGAGAAUGUCAAACGCUUUGCUCGCAAUUACGCCUUCCUUUUCAUCGUCUUCUUCGCUUGCUCUCUGUAUCAAUUGCCACUAGCUCUUCUUGGGUUGAUAUCAUGUUUGGCACUCUGGGAUGUAUUUAAGUUUUGUGCUUAUCGGUGGGAAUUAUAUAGGCGCCCUUCUCUCAGACAGGCCUUGCUUCACAUUGCCCAGUGUGCAACUGCAAUUAUUCUGUUCUUUUUCAAUGUUCAAUUGGCCCUCUUAUUUGCUCUUGGCGUCAGUUACGCAGUCCUGAUUGUACAUGCCUCGUUUAGGAAGUUGACCCCUGCAAAGCAAUCUCAGAGAGAUGGAAAUAGAAGGAUUGACCAAAGAUGA